AGGAGGCUGUCUGCGGCUUGAUCAACCCUCAAUAAGCUUUCUUGGUCCUGCUUCUCGAUCGCAGCGAGCUCUGCAAAUAUGUUGCGACCUCCCUGACUAUAAUUUGCCUUUUCCCAUUUCAUCCGCGCAAUUCCCAAAAGCUGAUUGUAGACGAUGGCGGGUACAAGGGGUAGAGGCCGCCCCGCUGCCGGUGCGCGACGGACAACACGCUCCCAGGCGCAGGCGACUCCAUCAUCAUCUGGCUCCGGCACGAAAGCGGUGCCCAAAGAGUACCGCCAGAUGCUUCGAGAAGCCGGUGUUCAUUCAUCCCGACCCACGACCGAAGACGGCGAACCGCCGCCCAAGAGAUUGCGCAGGCCGGGACAAAGAGUGUCCAGGCCGGCAGUCAACGAGAAGCCGAUCGCGAAAGCCGUGUCCGAAACUGCCACGAAAUCGAUUGACGGUGCGCGUAUUAAUUUGCCCGAAGAUUCCGAACCAUCUGAUGACGAUCUCGAGUUCGAGGACGUCGCUUUGCCUGAGCCAACAAUACAGACUACAUACCUAGACUCGGAGGAGGAGGACCAGUCAGACAGUGAUAAUGGACUUGGGGACGUCGACUUUGGUGCUCUGCCCGGCGAUGAUGAUACGGUUACUGGAAAUGACGGUGUUCUUCAGCUAGAGAUCUCGACUCAGCCAUCUACAUCCGCGAGUAGGAAGGGCGUGGUUAAGCGCAAGCCGAUCAGCAAAGCCGAGCGAGAAAAGAGGAUUGAGAUUCACAAGAUGCAUAUAUGCUGUCUACUCGUGCAUGUAGCACUCAGGAACCGAUGGUGCGAUGAUGCAGAAGUGCAGGCACUAGUGCGUCCUCUUCUGUCAGACAAGAUAGUGGACUUGUUGAAUCCGCGAAAGAAUCUGUCCCAAUUCGGGCGGUCAGAAUCUCUGAAAGAUGGGAUACAGCAAGCUCGCAUUCUUUUCAAUUCUGCAUUCAAAGUGACGGAGCGUGGUAUUAAACGGGCUUUGUGGGCCGAGGAUCCUUCACAGCUCGCAGACUAUCAACUCCCAGACGACUUGGACUCUGCACUAGACAAGAAAGAGUUUCGCAAAUCUGCAAAAUACCUGGAUGGUUCUAGAGAUGUUGGGGCACAAUUAUUCUGUGCACUCUUGCGAUCUGUUGGCGUCCAGGCUCGCUUGGUGUGUUCUUUGCAACCACUCUCGUUUGUUUCCGGAGCUCCGAAUUUGCCAAAACCACGACCAAAGAAAAACGUCAAGUCACAGAAACCCCGUCCCAUGGCCGAUUAUGACUCUAUGGUAUACAAUCCUCCUCCAUCUGCACCGGGCCCAAGCUUCUCCGCAGCCCGUCGUCUUGGUCACCCAAACGCAGCCGACUAUAUUCCACCUCCUAUGCAACCAAAGGCUACUAGUACCGCUGCUACAGACCUGCAAUCACAUAAACCUAUUAAGGGGGAAUCGCCGUUCCCGGUUUACUGGGUUGAGGUACUAGACGAAUCUCAUCAAAAAUGGCAACCUGUCGAUCCUCUGGUUACUUGUUCACAGUGGAAGCCAGCAAAAUUGGAGCCUCCAUUGGUUGAUAAACUCAACUGUCUUACAUAUGCCAUUGCCUUCUCCUCGGAUGGUGUUGCGCGGGACGUGACGCGGCGGUACGCCAAGGCCUACACCUCCAAGACCCGAAAGAUGCGCGUUGACAAUCCUCAGGCGUCAUUGAUAAACCCCGCCACUUUAAGUGGUGAGGAGUGGUAUGAGAAAGCCAUGGGCUUUUUCCGUAGGCCCUACGGGAUAGUGAGCGACCUGGACCGCAUCGAAGAGGCCGAGCUCAACGGUACUGCAUCCCGCGAGCCAAUGCCUCGCAACGUAGCCGACUUCAAAGACCACCCGGUGUUUGCUUUGCAACGCCACCUACGUCGAAACGAAGUUCUCGUGCCUGAUGCCAAGUCUUCAGGGACAGUUGCAGCUGGAAAGGGUCAAGUCGAACGUAUCUAUCGACGGCGAGAUGUACGAAUCGCUUGGUCUGCUGAUAAGUGGUACCGACUAGGUCGGGUGAUCAAAUUAGGCGAAGAGCCUGUCAAGUACUUGCCCAAGCGCCCGAGGCCUACCGGAAGGGGUCGGGUGGGCAGGUUCGAUAGUGAUGAUGAGGAAGAGGAUCCUGUCUUGGGCACAGGCGGCAGCGCUACAGGUACGCCAAUCUUCUCCCAGGAUCAAACGGAGCUAUUCGUUCCAGAUCCAGUGCGCAAGGGCAAGGUGCCUCGCAACAAAUUUGGCAAUGUGGAUGUCUUCGUCCCCAGCAUGGUGCCACGUGGAGGCGUUCAUAUCAACAGCGACCUGGCUCCGAGGGCCGCCUACAUCCUCGGCGUCGAUUACGCUCCUGCACUCACAGGAUUUGAGUUCAAGGGCAGGCAGGGUACGGCUGUGCUGAAGGGUGCAGUGGUGCCCAUUGAGAGCGAAGAGGCCAUCAUGGCAGUCAUCAACGGGAUUCAAGAGAUGGAGGCCGACGCCGAGGAGGAGCGCAGGCAGCGACGCCUGUUACGGAUGUGGAGUAAAUUUCUCAAAGUUCUUCGCAUCGACGAACGGGUGUAUGCUGGCUUCGACCCGUCAAAGGCCUCGAAUCAGACUAUGAUGGCCCCCAAGGACAAAGGAAAGCAGGCGGAAGAAUCUCAACCCGAAGCUGCUCCUGACCACAGUGGAUCGCACCUAAUCACAAAGGAAAAUGACGACGAAAGUGAUGACAUGGGCGGUGGAUUUAUGCCCUCGGCCAACGACGAUGACGAAGAUAUGGGAGGUGGUUUUUUGGUCGACUAAGCGCGGCCGAUUGCGAGCCAGUCAAGAUAGCUUAUGAGUUCAGCGCAUAGCCUUCACGAUGCAAUGUGAUGCCCCCAUGUGUCAAGCAUGCUCACCAACCACAAAGCCUGCACACAAUGAUUUCAUUUGAAGGAUUUUGUCAAUUGACCAAUUUGCGUGAGAUCAAAACGUCCAAGAUUAAAUGUACUCAUUUGACUGUUUGCGUCAAAGAUCAGAUUCUGCUCCUCUUUGUUGACUAAAUCUUGGCGCCACCUUACAGACGCGUGCAACUCCUUUGUUCAUGCUGGGAUUUUGAUGAUAAGAAUAUGAGACUCCUACUCUGAUGAAAAUUACCUCCUUGCUCUGUCACUGACACCUCAAUUACCAGUUUGCUUUCGGCUUCCGAA